AUGUCCUCCAUUCAAGCAGAUACAGACACAGAUUUAAUCCAGCAAUUGGAGCUCCAGAUACGCAACCUAUUAAGCAAAGAUGAGCUACUAGCUGAUGUGCCGUCAUAUGCCACUGUGGAAGAAUUGGAGGCAUUGCUGUCCAUCGAAAAGGGACAGGCCUACAAUAUCAGCAUUGAGCGACAGCCCCUUCCGUCUAUUGAUAUCAUUGUGCGGCAAUCAUCCACAGUGCGAGACAUCAAGCGUAUGAUCAAAUUACAUGUCAAUCGGCAAUCCAUGCGUAAACAGAUCAGCUGGAGAUACAUUUGGAGAUCGCACUGUUUGGAAUUUCAAGGCACAAAGCUGCUCAAUGAUGAUGCUGUUGUUAGUCAAUUGGGCAUCAAGCAGCACAGCGUGCUCAAGUUUGCCAGAUUGCCUCAUGAAAAGGGCCAGCAUCGCAAAGCCUGGAAGCAUCGUCCUUGA